AUGACAGUUCUGCACGAACAAUUGAUUGCGGUCGAUCAGACGAGCUGUAGGUCGUGGUGGCAUUUCGAAUGCGUCGGAGUGACCGGCAGUAUCGCGGAGCAAGGUAGAACCUUCACUUGCCCUGGAUGCCAGCAACCAUCGCUAACUAUCCCGUCAGACUUUGAGAAGUCUAAAGUUGGUAAGUCCGUAAGCAAAGCCGGUAGUUUCGUCUCCGGAAGAACGAGGUCCAGCGUUAGGGCUAGAAAAGCUCAGUUAGAACUAGAGAAGCUAGAGGCGCAGAAGGCUCUCGCCUUAAAACGAUUAGAAUUAGAGAAUAAGAAGUUGCAGCUGGAGGCAGAGGUCCUUGAGGAAUCUUUCCGGUUGCGCGAAGAGAUAGAGAGAGAGGGCGGAAGCGAUACCGGGAGCGUGUAUUCGCAGCAGAGUUCACGUAGUAAGGUAGAAGAGUGGCAGAAGCAGCAGGAAGAGAUCAUGAGUUCGACGAUCGCGGCAUCUGCGGAAAUACCCUCGGAGGUCGGUCUUCAGAAGGAAACCACGGCGACAAUCGGAACAGGUGCUAGCCAGGGCGGCGAAAAGCAGCCGGGAAAGAACAUUCUCGAUAGGGCCUUGCAAGGCAUUUCCUUAGAAGAUAGUAUUAGCGAGGGUACGUUAGGAGGCAUGAUUGGUCGAACAUCGGAAAUCAUAAGGCAGUCAGGCACCAGUAGGGUAGGACUUCCCCCUGUAAGCGUCAGCUCUAGAGUACCAGGCGUGAGCGCCAACAACCAAGUCUCGCUCGGGUACAUACAUCCGCACUCCACUCUUGGCUCAUGGAAUGAGUCCAAUAUUCCGCAGUCAAUAGCUCCCUCGUUAAUUCCCAGUCAAUCGCAAAUCGGCGGGUUUGCGAGGCAUUUGCCAGCAAGCAAUUCGCGAAUCGUUUCCUCGGUAGUGAAUAUGGCAAGUGGUACGAGAAUUGGUGAUUCCUGCAGUGCGCGACCAGUUGCAACAAGCGAAUCGGUUGGUGAUUAUCCGGUGAACACACGAGAUGAACAACCGUUGCUGAGACGCAGAGAUCAACCGAUGCGGAAUCCGGAGCUGCACACAUCACUCAACCCAGAAAGGCAGUCAGUAGAGAGUCCGAGGGAGAAUCUCGCUCAGAACGCUGAUCAGCAUGGUUGGGGACCGAGCCCGCAGCAGAUUGCAGCACGGCAAGUUAUUGCAAAAGAGUUACCGACGUUUAGCGGAAACCCAGAAGAUUGGCCACUGUUCAUCAGCUCGUUUACUAACACCACCCAGGCGUGUGGGUAUUCAGAUGCGGAGAACUUGGCCAGACUGCAGCGGAGUUUGAAGGGAAAUGCACUUGACGCAGUGCGUAGUCGAUUGCUUCUUCCUGCAGCAGUUCCACACGUUAUAGCUACCCUUGAGACGUUGUACGGUAGACCAGAGCUGCUAAUCCAUACGUUGUUGCAGAAGGUUCGUGGGGCUCCAGCGCCGAAACAGGAUCGGCUCGAGACUUUGAUCGGGUAUGGAAUGGCGGUGCAAAACCUCAGCGAUCACCUGGAAGCAGGCGGACAUCAGGCUCACCUAAACAAUCCGAUGUUGUUGUUCGAGUUGGUGGAUAAACUACCCGCUAAUAUGAAGCUGGACUGGUCGUUGUAUAAGCAACGCUGCGUGGAUGUGAACAUCCGGGCAUUCUCGCAGUACAUGGCAACGCUGGUGCGAGCGGCAACAGACGUUACGUUGCACUACGACCCAAAGCAUCAACCAGAACAGCAGCAGCGAGGAGCGAGAGGCGGCAAGGAUAAGACUUUCUGUGGUGCGCACUCUACGGAAGCAGCUUUGAAGACGCCGGCGAAGAAGGAAUGUAUACCCGGACGAAAAGAAGAGCAAUCGAGUCCAGCCUGUUUGGUUUGCAAGGAUCCAGAACAUCGGGUGAAGAAUUGUUCUGUGUUCGCCAAGAAGCCCUUGGAAGAACGCUGGAAGCUAACCGGGCAGUUGGGUCUAUGUCGGAUCUGCUUAGGAAUCCAUGGGAAACGACCUUGCAGGAUUCGAGGAACAUGUGCUAUCGACGGAUGCCAGCUGCGACACCAUACUUUGCUGCACUCGAAGCAGAGGGGAAACGAAAAUCAAGCGAAGGCUGACUCGAAGGCGGAAGGAUCAAGUGCGAUAACCAACCAUCAUUCAGCGGACAGGGCGGUACUUUUCCGAAUCGUUCCCGUAAUGCUGCAUGGCAAUAAUCGCACGGUGCCCGCAUAUGCUUUUCUGGACGAUGGAUCGGCUAGAACCUUGGUGGACGAGGAGAUCGCAAAGGAGCUGGGUGUAACUGGACAACCACUUCCCCUGUGCUUGCAGUGGACUUCCAACGUGAAGCGUGUCGAAUCAGAUUCUCAACAAGUGGCCUUGGAGAUUUCUGGAGAGAAGAGCCACUGUAAAUUUGCGUUGAAGGACGUGCGCACAGUACGGAAACUGGACCUGCCACGACAAUCGCUGCGGUACGCAGAAUUGGCAGAUGCUUUUCCUUACCUGAAGGGACUGCCGAUCAGAGGAUAUGAAAACGCGCUUCCACGGAUACUCAUCGGCAAUGAUAAUGCGCACGUCACGGCGAUGCUGAAGAUGCGGGAAGGUCAGCCCGGAGAACCUAUUGCGUCUCGACUCGGGUGGACGGUGUAUGGAUCGAGGAACGAGAGCAUCGACCACGCACAUAGUUUCCAUAUAUGCGACUGCGAAGACGAUCAGGCCCUUCACGAUCUAGUGAAACAAUUCUUCUCCGUAGAAAGCUUGGGUGUUGACGCCGCGCCAUGCCUGGAAUCGGCGGAAGUGCAAAGAGCGAAGCGAAUUUUGGAGAACACCACUAAGCGCAUUGGACAACGUUUCGAGACAGGGCUUCUGUGGAAAUAUGAUCGUUUUGAAUUUCCGGAUAGUUACCCGAUGGCAGUUCGGCGUUUACAGUGCUUGGAGCGGCGUAUACAGAAGGACCCAGUGGUAGGCGAGAGUGUCAUGAGACAGUGGUCCGAAUACCAGACCAAAGGCUACAUACAUAAAGCGACCCCGGACGAGCUCAGAGCGGCAGAUCCGAAGCGUACGUGGUAUCUUCCGCUGGGCGUUGUUAUCAACCCGAAGAAGCCAUCAAAGAUCCGAAUUUUCUGCGACGCGGCGGCGAAAGUAGAUGGCAUCUCCAUGAACACGAUGCUCCUUAAGGGGCCGGAUCUUCUGAACACGCUGCUCGAUGUGCUUUUUGGAUUCCGUGAGAAGCAAGUCGCACUCUGCGCCGAUUUGAAAGAGAUGUUCCAUCAAAUUCAGAUUCGACCAGAUGAUCGACAUGCGCAACGUCUGCUAUGGCGGGAAGAUCCAGCGCAAGUUCCAGACGUCUAUAUUAUGGACGUCGCCACGUUUGGAGCAACCUGUUCGCCGUGUUCGGCACAGUUUGUUAAAAACAGAAAUGCCGAGGAGCACUCGUCGGAGUACCCGGAAGCAGCGGAGGCCAUCGUGCGUAAGCACUACGUGGAUGACUAUCUUGACAGCGCAGACAAUGUCGAGGCAGCAGUGAAGAUAGCUUUGGACGUAAAACAUGUACACUCCCUCGGCGGGUUCCAUCUGCGAAAUUGGCUGUCAAACUCAAAAGAAGUUCUUGCACGGGUCGGGGAAACCGAUACGGCAACAGAGAAGAAUCUCCAGUUGGACAACGGCAACUCGACAGAGCGUGUACUAGGGAUGUUCUGGAAACCGGAAGAAGAUGUGUUCACCUUUUCGACGACGCUGGCACUUGAAACGGAUCAUCCCACAAAGCGACAAGCGUUGCGCGUCGUGAUGAGUCCGUUCGACCCUGUCGGGUUGUUAUGCUUCUUUCUCAUCCACGGGAAGAUCCUAAUACAAGAGCUGUGGAGGUCGAAAACCGAUUGGGAUCAGCAGAUACCGGAGCAGUUGAAGGAGCUGUGGAUGCGCUGGACGAGCAGGUUUGAACAGCUGGACGAAGUACGUGUCCCGCGUUGUUAUUUUCCUCUCCGGGCGCAAAACGAGAUCAACAACCUUCAACUGCAUGUCUUCGUCGACGCCAGUGAAGAAGCGUACGCCUGCGUUGCAUAUUUUCGAGCGGAGUUUGCGGACACGGUUGAGAUAGCAGUGGUCGGAGGCAAAGCGAAAGUAGCACCGUUAAAAGCGAUGUCAAUUCCAAGGUUGGAGCUGAUGGCGGCGGUGAUAGGAGUUCGUCUACUAAAAACUAUCCGCAAUGGGCAUUCGCUGAAGAUCGACAAAACGGUAAUGUGGAGCGACUCGAAAACAGUGUUAGCCUGGAUCAAUUCGGACCAUCGGAGAUAUCGGCAGUUUGUCGCAUGCCGCGUCGGUGAAAUUGUUUCGAAGUCGGAUGCUGCGCAAUGGCGAUGGGUGCCAACCAAGGAAAAUCCAGCAGAUUUGGCAACCAAGUGGGGAAAAGGUCCAUGCUUUUCGUCGACAAGUUCGUGGUUUAGGGGACCAGAAUUUCUGCGUUCCUCCGAAAACGAAUGGCCUCUCGGAGAAAGGACAAACGAUGAAGCAACCACCGAGGAAAUUAGAAUUUGUCUGAUGCAUUCAAAAGCAGCUGAGCUCCGUGUAAUCGAGUGGCAUCGGUUUUCCAACUGGAUUCGUUUGCAGCGUUCAGUGGCAUUUUCUCUCCGAUACUGCAGAAAUUUGAAACACAAGGUGAAGAAGGAGCCGCUAGCAGAGGGACCGCUGACGCAACAAGAACUAUCGCAAGCAGAGAUGGCUAUAUUUCGCCUGGUGCAGAGCGAGGAGUAUCCAGAUGAAGCAGCAGCUCUCAGCGCCGAACGUGAUCAACAGGAGAACUGUUCGGUACGACUAGAACGAACAAGCAAGAUUCGGACAUUGUCGCCGUUCAUGGACGAUACCGGCGUUAUGCGAUCGGAGACUAGAAUUUGUGCAGCUGCGUUCGUAUCAUACGAUACCAGGUUUCCGAUAAUUCUUCCAAAGGAUCAUGCGGUUACUAAAUUGUUGCUGGAAUGGUACCACCGCAGAUUUCUCCACGCGAACGGAGAGACGGUGGUCAACGAAGUGAGGCAGCGGUUUCACAUUUCGGCUCUGCGUUCAGUAGUCCGAAAGGUGGCGAAGACGUGUAUGCAGUGCAAGGUGAGGAAGGCGGUCCCGGCAGUUCCACGGAUGGCUCCUCUGCCAGAAGCGAGGCUAAAGCCGUACGAGCGUCCAUUUUCCUAUCACGGUGAAGAGGUGGAUAGCACUGUUCACUUGCCUCACUACGCGUGCCGUUCAUCUGGAGGUCGUUCAUUCACUGUCAACCGAAUCCUGUAA